GGCAAGCCAGCCGCAACUCGACUACAAUCGUCUUCAUGGCCCGUGCUCCGCUCACUGGCAACAGCGUCGUCGCCGUCAUUGGCGCCGGCACGCUCGGGCGCUGCAUCGCCUUUGAGCUCUCCAUGUCGGGCCACCGCGUCGUGCUCUUUGACCGGAACCCCGACAGCAUCUCGCGCGACAUUCUCAAGUCGGCGAGCUACGCGAUGCUGCAGCCGCUCUGGCGCCUCGGCUACAUCCCGCAGGACAUGGUGGGCCGCGCCGUGAGCAACAUCCAGACCGCGACGACGCUCGAAGAGGUGGCAGCCGCGCGGCCGUCGCUCGUGAUCGAGUCGAUUCCCGACACGCUGGGGCUCAAGCGCGACCUCUUCCGGACGCUCGAGCGGCUCUGCCCGGCGACGACGAUCUAUGGCACGUCGACCAUGAAUCUGAGCGUAAACGACAUUGCCUCGGGCAUGGCGCGCCCGAGCAACCUCCUUGGCAUCCGCUUCUUCCACCCCGUGCUGCUCAUCCCGCUCGUCGAGCUCACGCCCGGCGCCGCGACGGCCGCCGAUGUUGUCGCCGACGUCCAGCGCUACAUGACGCUGUUGCACAAGACGUGCAACUUUGGCCCGACCAAACACGUCCUCGAUCGCGCGCAAGUCAACAACUACCAGCUCCAGACCGCGCACGUGCUCGGGUACCACCAGGAAGCGCUGCCCGUCGCUGUGCCCGUGCAGUCGCACGGCCACCACUGAGACGUCGUUCGUACGGCGCGUUGAUAACAAUGAUCGUCGUGGCGCCACUA